AUGUCUUCUAAAAAUUUCUCUUUUCUAUCUUCCAGUGUCCAUGCCAUUAAUGAAGCCUUGCUAUUCAUUAUGGCACACCAAUCCUACCCCCUCGAUCUAUGUUCACAAGAUACUAUUGCACCAUCCUCCUCUAUCUCCCAAGUCUUUACUGAUGGCGAUAAUCAGACAGAGGUUAAUACCUGUUCUAUUUUCUCUCCACCCCCUGAGCUUGAUUCUCUGCGUCUCUCCAAAGGCCGCAAAAUUAUUCAGUAUCCGACCGAGCAAGAAAAGAUUCAUAUCUUUGAAGAAUGGUGGAAUACUACUACCUGGGCCGAGAAACGGAGAGAAGCCAAAAAGCCAUUAGUUCGAUUCAAUCCUAAAAGACACUCAUCUGUAUGGGACAAAUUCCACGAAGGCGCCCAAUUCCCGGAUGGGACCCCCUAUGUCUUUUGUGUCUCAUGUUCUCAUCUGCUCCAACAUCCGUCAACAGAGCACACUGGGACUAGUUCAAUGGCCUAUCAUGUCCGAAAAGGCUGCCCUAAGAAGUCGUCUUCGGUGCCUUCCAAACGAACAGUAGCUCAGAUGCUAAGUGAAAAACCGGGCCCGACAACCAUCUACACCGAACAAGAAUUCCUUGACCAAGUCCUGCGAUUUAUCGUUGCCUGCCGUCUACCUUUUCGAACUGUCGAGCAUGUCCAAUUUAAACGAAUGAUCAAUCUCGCCGCUGCCGGAUCAUCUCGCAGACCGCACAUUCCGAAUCGAAAGCAAAUCCAGGAACGAUUAAUCGAGUUAUCGGAUGAAAUCCACACACAGCUACUCUCACGGUUCCCGGCGACCGGCAGAAUGUCAAUUGCACUUGACUGUUGGACAAGCCCGGAUCAGAAAGCAUUUCUUGCACUUACUGGCUAUUUCUUGACGGACGAUCUUGAUUAUCAUGAGAUUAUUCUGGGCUUCCGACCGGUAUCCGGUUCGCAUACAGGUGAAACCCUUGCUGCCAUUGUUCUGUCGGUUCUUCAUAAGCAUAAUCUAUGCCAUCGUCUACUAGGGGUGACAACCGACAACGCGAGCAACAACAGUACUAUGUUCUCCUCCCUUACAGAGCAACUUCGCGAUGAACUUGAUACGAAUAUCCAGAUUCAGGAUACUAUCGCCGACCCGGAGCUUUCCAAAAUCCUUCGGAAUCAGCAUCACAUCCCAUGUCUUGCUCAUGUUAUCCAACUCUGUGUUACCUCCUUUAUGAAUAAAUUGCGGAUCGCAGCGGAGAAUGACACUGUCUCCUACAUAUGGGAGAACAGCGAUGAAACGCUCAAAGCGUCUGGUAGUAUUUCACGAGCCAUUGAAAAGAUUCGAAAAAUCACUAAAUUCGUGAACGCUAGCCCUCAACGUCGUGAAAGAUUUCAACUUACUCAGCGUCUGGAAUCUGGAUCUGUAUACUAUCUUCUUCUCGACUGCAAAACCCGCUGGAACUCUUCCUACCUGAUGAUUCGACGCGCACUGAAGCUCCGCCAACCAAUCGAGAGCUUUAUCCAGCACUGGGAUAGUCAGAAGCUUGACUACCUGCGGCCUACACCGGUAGAAUGGAAACAGUUGGAAUAUCUUCUGGAGCUUCUAUAUCCGUUUUACAUCUUCACGUCCUGCCUCUCGGAGAACACCGGCCCUACCGUCCAUAGGGUAUAUGAUAUCUACAACGAUCUGUUCGACCAUCUGGAUCUUGCCAUCAAUCGUCUUCGGAACAAACGAGCCUCGUGGAAACAACAGAUUCUUGAAGGCUUAGAAGAAGCCCACAAGAAACUCCGGAAAUACUAUCGGCGAACAUACCAAGCAGAGGGUUAUAUCUAUGCUAUUGCAACGAUUCUUGAUCCUACCUCCAAGCUUGAGAAGUUCAAAACAGCUACGUGGCUGGACGAUGACACUGAUUGGUAUCAAAAAUAUCGCACUGUUUUUGAGAAGGUGUUCCACUUCUACCGCAGUCAGAAUCCAAGUGUCAACACGCCAUCGACUGUUUCAGACCCAUUAUCUGGACUGAACAAGGCAUUUUACCAUCUCUCGAAACGACGAAGACUUGCCACUUCAUCAGAGACCUUUGAGGAGCUUAAGGCCUAUCUUGAUAUAGAAGCUCCCGAGAUAUCUGUCACUAUCGCCGGAGUCGGUUAUAUCCCGAUACUAUUGAGGCGAUUAUGCUGCAGAUGUGUACCGAUCGCUUUACCAUCAAGUGAGGAAUAUCAGCAGAUUCUUGAUGAGGUUGACCCCGACUCCAUUGUCUUUGUACACAAGGAAGAAGACGAUGAUACAACCGAAGCGCCUUUGUAUAUUAGUGACAAUGAGGAUAUGGAUGAUAUGGAUGAGGAUCCGGAGGAUGGAUUGUUGCCAGAACCUCCGCAUACUACCCGGACUGUUAAAGAGACACGAUCCCUUCGACAUCAUGAACGACGCCCGGGACAGUAUAAAGAAUAG